AUGGAAAUGCUGCUUCAGAUGCUAGACAUGAGCCAAUUCCAAGCAAGAUUCCUGCACCAAUACAUUCCAAAGUUGAUGGCACCAGCUUGCAAAGCCGCACCAAUAAUUAUAAUAACACAACCUAACAUAAUGGUAUAUCUUCUACCAAGAAAAUCGCAAAAUACCUAUGUAAAUGAUAUGGAAAUUAAUGUGCCUAUAGAUAGAACAUUUGUCAUGGUACCUAAGCGACUUCCUGCAGGAUUUUCGAAGUAUUCUCUACAACUCGGAAGCGUCUGCAAAUUAUUCAUCAUACUACCAUCGUAUCCUGAUGUAGCUUGA